GCAAGUAGCUUCCAAAAUCCAUAAGAACGUUCUACUUCUUCAGUUCUACUACAACAUAACCCUAAAGUUUUUUUCCCUCUCUCCACGAACCAAUCUCUCUCCCUUCAACAAUGUCGAACCAAAGCGAAAACCCAAACCCCACUUCAAGUUCAACCAAGAUAACCCUAAAAACCUCAGACAAUGAACUAUUUGAGGUCGAAGAAGCUGUGGCCAUGAAGUUCUGCACUGUCAAGCAGUAUUUUGAUGACGAAAACAACAACAGCAUCACCAGUGGCGCUUCCACCACCAUGAUCCCUCUUCCAAACGUGGAAAGCCACCCGCUCGCCAUACUCAUCACCUACUGCAAGAAAUAUCUCAAGAUCAAGGCCAAUAACGCUGACAACAAGAAAGAGACGGAGAAAGAUAUGGAGCAGUACGAGCAAGAAUUGUUGAGGAAGGUGAUGCCUCAAGAACUCACCGAACUUAUACUCACCGCGUACUACCUCAACUUCAAGGAGGCCUUGGAUUUCUUCUGCCGGGCCGUGGCUAGUGCAAUCCAGAACAAGAGUGUCGAGUAUGUUCGCAAGUUCUUUGGUCUGGAGAGUGAUUUCGAGCCAGGAGAGGAGGAGAAGCUUCGCGAGGAGUUUGCUUGGUCUUUCGAGGGUGUAGACGAGUAUUGA